AUGUCGUCAAUCUUUGAUGACCACAUCAAAGAUGUUUCUAAACUGCCACCGCAAUCUCCUCAAUUUGAAAAGGACACCCGAGCGCUCGCUGCAAGAAGAACAGCAAAACAAGGAAUAGGAAAAUCUCGAAUCGCGAAGCAGAAUGUGGGCAAUAACAUCAGCCAUGUGCUCUUACGGGACUUAUUUCGUCACCCUUCGGGAAAGGUACACCCAAAUCCACUCAAAGACCUGCUCAACAAUGUACUCAAUCCAGGUCAGACCAACAAGAGCAUCUAUGGGCCAAGUUUGUCUGCGUCGAUGCACGUGCCGCCACUCCGAGAUCAUGUCAUAAACGCUUUUCUCGAGUUUGUUGCAGUAGUAGAGGAAACUAAGCAGGUCAACUAG